GUCAGAGGCUGAAGUUAUACAAAUAUAUACAAAUAAGUAUUUACGCACUGUACUAUGGGAAAAGAAGGUAUCUGGUUGUUGAUCAUCGGAAUUUCUGUUAUUUCCUGCGAGAAUCUUUUAAAUUCUACUGAAACACCUGAUUCAAGUAGCACAACUCACAGGAAUACAGACUACGGAAGCAUCCAGUCCAAGUUCUCAUUGCGAAAUGCAGAGUUCCCAGACGAGGACCUGUGCUACCUCGUCCCGGGAAUAAGAGAGACUAUAUCAGACUGCAGAUUCAAACUUGAUGCACAGACCUUUCUGGUGAUCCAUGGUUGGUCGGUUGCCGGACUGUUUGAAAGCUGGGUUGCUAAGCUGGUGUCUGCUUUGCUUGAGCGUGAGCCCAGUGCCAAUGUCGUUGUGGUGGACUGGCUGGACCGUGCCAGCCAUCACUACCCAACCUCUGCUGAAAACACCAGAAUAGUGGGUGGGGAUGUGGCCCAGUUUAUCGACUGGUUAGAGUUUAUUGGCUAUCCACUUGAGAAGCUACAUGUUCUGGGGUAUAGUCUGGGUGCACAUGUGGCAGGCAUCGCAGGAAACCUCGCCAGCAACAAAGUCAACAGAAUCACAGGUUUUGACCCUGCUGGCCCGACCUUUGAGCAUGCCGAUAGGCUGAACCGUCUCUCCCCUGAUGAUGCGAAAUUUGUCGACGUCCUCCACACGAACACCAGAGGCAGCCCGGAUCUCAGCAUCGGCAUCCAGAGACCAGUGGGUCAUGUGGACAUCUACCCCAAUGGAGGUACCUUCCAGCCUGGCUGCAGCCUGCAGAACACUAUGAAGAUGAUCGCUACCUACGGCUUGUACAACAUGGACCAGCUGGUGAAAUGUUCUCAUGAGCGCUCCGUCCACCUGUUUAUCGACUCGCUGGUGAAUCAGGAUCAGCAGAGCCUAGCUUACCGCUGUAGCUCCAAAGAAGCCUUUUACAAGGGCUUGUGCCUCAGCUGCCGGAAGAACCGCUGCAACAAGCUGGGCUACAACGUCAACAAAGUCAGAACAUCCAGAAGCACCAGGAUGUACCUAAAGACACGGGAGAUGAUGCCUUACAAAGUUUUCCAUUACCAGAUUAAAGCACAUCUAUUUAGCCAUAAUCAUUUGGCUCUGGACAACCAGCCUGUGAAAAUAUCUUUGUAUGGAACUCAUGAGGAGAAAGAAGACAUUCGAGUAGUUGUGCCGAGCAUGAUCACCAACACCACCAUGUCAUUCCUGGUGACCUCAGAUGUGGAUGUCGGGGAUCUGCUGAUGAUCAAGAUCCAGUGGGAGAGCGAUUCAUUCCUGCCGAGCUUCUUCAGCACCAACCAGUUCCGGAUUCGCAAAAUGAGAAUUAAAUCUGGAGAGACGCAGGCCAAAGUGAUUUUCAGGCCCAAGGAUGUGGAAUUUGGGAGCCUCAGUCAAGGCAUGGAUGGUGUGAUCUUUGUGAAAUCCACUGACAUUUCCCAGAGCAAGAAAGAGGAAAGGAAUCAUCGACUUAAAAUGCACGGCAGCUCCUUCAAGCAGAACGGAAACGAGACGGAUGUGAAAAAUCCGGAAACGCAAACAGCAGACACGGUGACAGCAACCGCGAAGACGCAGAUUUCCUGAGGCGGUUGCUCUCAUAUUUAACACUGUAUAUAUUAUCAGGUCUGAAAAAAAAGUAGAGAGAAAGAGAGAAAUUAUAAAGAAACAGUGUGUUUUAUAUGUAUAUAUAUUAGAACAGAAACUGUAACCAGGAAAAAAAUGGCUUGAAAGAUGAAUUUCUUUGUGGUUAUAGAAUUUUGAAUAUUUUGUAAAUAAUAUCUGGUUACGUAUCACAUCCUGUUGAAUCAAUACUACUAUUAAGUUUGUAAUUGUCUGCUGCUGUAUUUAACAAGUGCCCAUGUGUCCAUGUGUGGUCUAGAUAUCUGAUAAAUAACAUUUUUACAUACAGGAUUCAGUGCUACUUUAUAGCUACCUCUGCCCAUCAUUCCUGUCAGGAAUUUAGAACACAGAUCAUUUCCAAUUAAUUCCAGGAAAACCAUGUAAUUCUAAUUUUUUUUUGUUGAAAAGUUGUGUGUGUGUGUGUAAUAUGGUUGGAAUAUAUAUUUGUACUCCAAACAAAUGAAUAAAAAUGUAUAUUAUUAGUAAGUGUAUAUAUAACCUUGCAAUUCCAGCUGUCCUCUUUAUACAGCACAUUUAGAUAAAGGUACACGACAGUGAAUCACAUUGAACACUCUCUCUCCAUUCCUCUAUCCAUAUAUAUCCCUCUCUAUCUCUCUCUAUUCCUCCCUCUCUCUCUCUCUCUAUCCCUCUCUUUCUAUCUCUAGCUUCUAACAACGAUCCCUUUGUUUUAGAUAUUUAUUUAGACCUGAUUCGUGGAUCUGAAUUGUAUAUAGUACCUUUUAAGAGUCAUAUUAAGUAUUUUGUAUUUGCAAAUGUAU